CUGACAAACGACAAGCUACACUCACAUUCGUUCAAAACAAACAAUAGUGGUUAAAGCAAAAAGAAAAGGUUAUUUUGUAUUUUGGGCGAAGAUAUUUCAAAAAUUUCUCAUAAAAAUGGCUUUAGCUAUGCAAAAAAAGGCAAAUGUUCGAUUGCCUCCAGAAAUCAACAGAAUUCUAUAUGUAAGAAACCUUCCCUACAAAAUUACAGGUGAAGAAAUGUAUGAUAUAUUUGGAAAAUAUGGAGCAAUUAGGCAGAUAAGGGUGGGAAAUACGCCCGAAACUCGAGGAACAGCAUUUGUGGUGUUUGAAGACAUAUUUGAUGCUAAAAAUGCCUGUGACCAUCUAUCAGGAUUCAAUGUCUGCAAUCGAUAUCUUGUCGUUCUAUAUUACCAGGCGAAUAAAGCAUUCAAGAAGACUGACAUAGAUAAGAAACAAGAGGAAAUUGACAAAAUGAAAUCUAAAUAUGGAAUUAAUACAUGAAUUUUUCAAAUACUACAAACCAUGUUUUUUGAAAUCUUUAUAAAUAUAUUAUCACUAGGC